AUGGCUGCUUUCACAAAGGCUGCUGUUUAUGAAGUUGGUGAUUCUAAAGGUUGGAUUGUAGGCAACGUUGACUAUAGUCAAUGGGCCUCUUCGAAGAAUUUUCAAGUUAUUGACAUCUUAAUUUUCAAGUACAACAAGAAGUAUCACAAUGUGAUGCAAGUGAGUAGACAAGAAUACGAUUCAUGCACAGUUACAGAUCCAAUUGUCACAUUCAACACAGGCAACGACUCCAUUACUCUUCCAGCCUCUGGUGAUUACUACUAUCUCUGUGGAAUUCCUGGUCGCUGCCAAAUUGGGCAGAAAUUUCAUGUACAUAUUGAUGCUCCUCCAGCAACAAGUUCCUCAGGAAGUGUUAAUAAUCCACCUCAACGUAGUGUUGCAUCACCAAUUUCAUUCACGCGGUUCUCCAUCAUUAACAUGAUUGGGUUCUGCUUCUUCUUGGCUUUUUAG